CACAAAAUGGCUGCCUCCAUGGUUGGAGUUCUUGCCGAAAAUGUCCGGGAAAAAGUCGCUUCUUGUAAAGUUCUCGUUGUUGGCGCUGGUGGGAUUGGUUGUGAAUUGCUGAAAGAUUUGGUGUUAACUGGAUUUGUAAACAUUGAAACGAUUGAUUUAGACACGAUAGAUGUGAGUAAUUUGAACAGACAGUUUUUAUUCAGGAAGGAACAUGUUGGAAAAUCAAAGGCCCAGGUUGCUAAGGAAAGUGCAUUGAGAUUUAACCCCGAUGCUAAGAUUGUAGCCUAUCAUGACAGUGUUAUGACCCCGGAAUAUGGGAUAGAUUUCUUCCAGAGGUUUGAUGUGGUUAUGAAUGCCCUCGACAACAGAGCUGCAAGGAAUCAUGUAAAUCGUAUGUGUUUGGCGGCAGAUAGACCGUUAAUUGAGAGUGGAUCAGCAGGAUACCUGGGUCAAGUCACUGUUAUCAAAAAGGGUGUUACUGAAUGCUAUGAAUGUAUACCAAAGCCUCCACAGAAGACAUUCCCGGGAUGUACAAUAAGAAACACACCAUCAGAACCAAUACAUUGUGUAGUCUGGGCUAAACAUCUCUUCAAUCAACUGUUUGGAGAGGAAGAUCCAGAUCAAGAUGUCUCACCUGAUACAGAGGAUCCCGAACUUACAGCUGAUGCUGGGCAGACAGCUCUAGAUACAGAGGCAAAAGAAGGGGUGACAGGUGGUAUAGAAAGAAAAUCCACACGAGGCUGGGCACAAGAUAUAGGAUACAAUCCAGAAAAAUUAUUUCACAAAAUGUUUAGAGAUGAUAUAAAAUAUUUAUUAUCAAUGGAAGCUUUGUGGAAGAAAAGACGACCUCCAUUGCCGUUAGACUGGAACAAUUUACCUCAUACAGUAGACAAAGCAGCAACACAGGGUACAAUACAUGAUCAAAGGCAAUGGUCUAUCCAAGAAUGUGCUGAUAUAUUUGCCAAGAGUUUAGAUACACUGAAAACUGAUCUCGCUAAACAGGGUGAUGGUGGAAUGCUAGUGUGGGAUAAGGAUGAUGAUGCUGCUAUGGACUUUGUUGCCAGUGCUGCCAAUAUAAGAGCACAUAUAUUUGGAAUAGCAGAAAAAACAAGAUUUGAUAUCAAAUCUAUGGCUGAUUGUAGACACAAAUAUUUGACAUCUUUCCUUGACAAGAUUUGCACGUUGUCUCGCUGA